AUGGGCGGCGCGAAGGCGGCGGUGGGGCAUGGGGGGCAUGCUGCGGCGCGCGCCGCGCGUCUGAAGGCGGCGGAGCGCGCCAUGAACGAAGUAUCCAUGCUUAUAUUAAAAGCUGAUCCUCAAGACGCAACAAAUAUUUAUAAUGUCUGGAAGGAAGCCCACCAUAAAGUGACAAAAUCAUCUAGGGAGGAUAUCAAGUCACUGACUCAAACAUAUAGAGGCAACACUUCCCUGGUGGCGAUUCUCAUUGCCACCAUUACCUUUGCUGCUGCUUUCACUUUGCCCGGAGGAUAUAGCACUGAUGCUGGAACCGAGGGGCUUCCCAUCAUGGCAAGGAAGUAUGCGUUUAAGGCAUUCCUGAUCUCCGACACCUUGGCUAUGUGCUCCUCACUUGCUGUUGCCUUUGUAUGCAUCAUAGCCAGGUGGGAGGAUCUUGAGUUCCUGCUUCACUACAGGUCUUUUACAAAGAAGCUUAUGUGGUUUGCAUACAUGGCAACCACCACAGCAUUCGCAACUGGUAUAUACACUGUUCUGGCUCCUCGUCUCCUAUGGUUGGCCGUUGCGGUAUGCACUCUGACGUCUUUACUGCCCAUUCUCACUAAGAUUCUUGGUGAAUGGCCCAUCUUGAAACUUAGAUUUCGGUUGGGUCGGACUUUCAAUUCAGAGCUCCUCAAUAGGUCUAGCUUCAUCACAUUCAGUUAUUGGUUCCAUCUGCUUUAUGUUGGAAACAUAAGGGAACAGCAUAUGUUGAAAUGUUUGGGUAGUUUGGAAACAUAA